AUGGAUUUAUCCUACGGGCUUAGUAAUACUUUACAAAAAAUCUCAACUUUAAAAUACGGUAAUGAAGGUCUAAUAUUUGUCCCUGUAAAUCAUCCUUACGUACCUGGAAGAAGCGAGAAAUUGUUAUUAUGGAGGCCAGUAAAACAGAUAAAUGUAGAUUUUAAAAUAAAAACAAUUAUUCAGAAUCAAAGAGAUAAAAAACCAGUAUUUCAUAUAAUGAUUGCGGAUAAAAAUCAAUAUAAAAAAAUUGACCAAUUAACGUUAGAACCUUCUAUUGAAAAAGAGUAUGACAAGAAUUGGGAAACUAGAAUUCAAGAACAAGGCUACGCACCACAAAAACGUAUUGGUGGAUGGAGGUUUAUAAAAUUUUGUCCUGAUAAGCAGACAGCCGAUACCGAGCAAAGUCUGCAGGAAACAUUACAAGCUAUAGAGAAUGCUGUGUCAAGAGAAAUGUUAGAAGAGCGAUCAUCUGUCAUAAGGAAUAAUUGGAAGGUUAGACAACCUUCAAAAACAAUAAACUAUUCUUGCCCGCCUGUGAUAUCACUCGAGUCUAGAAAUUCUAGUUCUAAUUCUGAGUCAAGUUCGUCCGCUUUCCCUUCAACUACCAUCCCACAAAGCAUCCCAACACCAAUGAAGCCAAUAGAAUUGGUUCAACAAGCACAAGAUUCUAAAUCACGUGAAUCAAAAUUUCCUACUGAUCAGCAGCAUAAUUAUUUAGAAAGAUGCGUAAUAAAGCUUGAUCAAAAAAAUCAUGAAAGUUUUAAUUCAUCAGAAAAAUCAACUACUUUGGAUGAAAAUUCGCAAAAUUUUAUUGUUAGCUUAACAUCUAAAGAAAAUUCAUCCAAAGAUAAUUCAAAUUUUCCAGAAAUGCCUACAAAAGAUAUGAAAAUCGAGCUUAAAAAUAAAAUAAUAGCAAAACAAGGCUCCUCGUUUGUUAAUAACAAUAUUAGCAAAAUAUCAUUUGAUAAUGAGUCAAUAGCAAAUGUGACUGAAAAGGUAAAAAAAGAUGGUACUGAAGAUAAGGAAGGAAAUAUAAGGAAUAAGAAUAAUGUUGAAUUAGAGGAAAAGAUAGGUGAUUUUGUAAAAGAUGACGGGAAAACACACACUAACAUGAACAAUACCAAAUCAAUUGAAAAAAAAAUGACUAAUAACGAUAUUCAUGACGCCGAAGAAAUCGAAAAUUCGGAACCAAAAAAUUCUUUUAAGAAUUUAGAAGAACCUUUUGAUUUCCCAAAAGGAUUUGAUGGAAAAGCAACAAACUCAAAUUCUGAAAUAAGUGACGAAAGUAGCCAAGAAAAAUUAUCGGAAAAGGAGGAAUUCUAUGAUGAAAGUUGGGAAGAAUUUAACGAAAGCAAUACUAACGUCGAUAAUAAAAAUACCAAAUCAACAACAAAUCAACAAAAGCAACCAUCUCAACAAGAAAAUUUAAAAUUAAUUUCAAAUUCCCCCGUCACAUCGAGUAAUCCCACCUUUAAUACCCCUUUAAAACCACACAAUUUAAACAUUCAACAACAAAAAAUAUUAGGUUCAGAUAGUAAUUUUUCACAAGAAUCUAAUUAUAAUUUAUCACCUAAAUUACAAAAUUUAAAUAUCACACAAUCAAUUGCCAACAAAGAGAGUAAUGAUUCACAAUCUCUUCCGCAAAGCACUCAUGGUACAAAACUAUCAAGACCUGAAAUUUCAACGAUGACAAUAACAACCAAAGGUAAUGGUUUUGAAGAAUUAUUUCCUUUGUCAGAAAAGGACAUAUUAGGUCAUGAACAUAAUAGCGACCUUUCAGAAUUUCAAGGAACACAAUCAACAACACCACAAACAAAUUCGAAAUUUCAAAAAAAUAUACAAGAUAAUAAUUUGACCCCCAAACCUAGUAUUGAAACGUCAAAUCAAACAUUUGGUAGGAAGAGAUCUUUAAACAUCGACGCGAUUUCAAAAUCGUCGUAUCAAGAAGGAAAUUUUUCGCCACAAUCAACACUUUACGAUUUACAUCAUCAUUCUCAACAUAAAGUUUCGACUACUUAUGGGCACGAGUCAAUACGAAAAAUUUCACAAAGCGAAGAAGGGUCACAGUCUGCCACCCAAAAGCAAUUUCGAGACAAAGUGCAAUCAUCUUUACAACAAAACAUCACACUAGCACCCGAGUUAAAUAUUUUAAGUUAUAACACUCAAAUACAUCAAAAUUCACCGCAAGCGCGUCAUAAAGAUAAAUCGUUUUCAGAAAAUAAACAAUGGGAAUCAGAUUUAAGACAAGAUUUCAGUCCAACAGAUAUACAACAAACACAAUUGCCGACAUUUUCUAACUCCAGAACAUUGCGUCGGCAUACUUUAUCCUCUGGUAUAAAUACUCAUCGAAUCCUUUCAAGUGCUCUGGAUAACAACCAUCAAAAUCAUGCAAAUCCUUCUAUGUCACAACGGCCAGAAUUUUUACCAUCUACACAACCAAUAAACAUUAGGCAAGAAAUUAUGUCACCAAAACAAUCAGAAAACCAGAGACAAAUAAAUCUAUCAUCACCUCAACCAAUACAAACAAAUCAAAGACAAAAAUCCUAUCCGCAAACAGAUUCAUCAAAACUUGUUUACAGUUUAUCAUCGCAAUCUUCAACACCCGUGCAAAGGUUUUUAUUGCCAGAUACAUUCAAAGAGUCCUCUUUUCCUGUUCAAAUUCAUCAAAGUUCAUCAACGAUUCAUCAUUCUAACAAUUUAAGUUCACCACCACAACAAGAAAUCUCGCAAACUGUCAAAGCUUCAUUACCACAAAUAACGUCAAGUCAACGACCUUUACCACAAAAACGUAAAUCAAAGGGCGCACUUGAUUUUAUAUUAAAUGAAGGAUCUGGAUCGACUAAUGACGAUAAUGGAUCAAGUCAAAAAAGAGGAAAAUUUGAUUAUUUUGGGAACAAAUAA